AUGGCAGGGCCUGUGGAGGCCCUGAGCCAGGCUGUUCGACGCUAUGGGGAACUAGCCAAGCCGAGUGACCGCUCUGGGCUCUUAGCUGGCCAGCAGGAGCUUCCUGGAACGGCUGAGCUGUUGGAGGGAGACAGUGGAGGUGGUGGUGGUAGCAGGAGGCAGGGAGGAGCCAAGUGGGAAUGGGAGGGGCUCUGGGAGAUGAGGAUUCAGAGACUGACUUUUGCUGAUAGCCUACUGUGUGCCAGACCUUGGAGACAUUAUGUGCUUUACCUCACAGAUGAGGAAACUGAGGCCCACAGAGAUUAA